UCACUGGCAUCAAUCUUUACAAGAUUUGUCAUUUCUUUAGACAAAAAAAAAUUGUUUAUGUCAUAGUCUGAUUUGUGAAUUUUGCUUUUAAAAGUUGUUUAAUUAAUUUUUGUUAAUAUUAUCUAGUAUUUUUGAGUUGAGUUGGUUUAUGAUUCAAUAUUAGUAAAGUGGGUUGUUACUAGAUUUAAAUUUUGAUCUCUGUUUUUACUCUGUUUCUACUUCAUGAGCUGCUCUGGUUCUUGAUUCUGAAUUCUUGAUUCUUGAUUUUUUUUUUCUUAAUCUAAAGUCUUUAAUCAAGAAACAAAAAUGGAGUCGGAUCUUCAACAUAUCCAUCAAUUUGUUCAUGACCAUCAACCGAAGCAAAUGAACUCAGGAUUAACAAGAUAUCAAUCUGCUCCGAGUUCGUAUUUCGCCAGCUUACAAGACAAAGAUUUUCUUGAUGAUUUUCUCAAUAGACCAUCAAGCCCCGAGACUGAAAGAAUCUUCGCAAGAUUCUUGGAUAACACGGAUACAAUCUCAACUCAGAACUUUGAAGCACCAAUUAAGCAAGAAUAUCCGGUUACUGAAGCUGUCUCACAACUUAACCAGCAAGAACAGACUCUGUCUAACACAAGAUUGCAUCAGCACCAACACCAACAGCAGCAGCAGCAGCAGAGUAGAUAUUCUUCAAGUUUUUAUCAAAGUCAAUUGAAACCGCCUCUACCGGAUCAUAAUUCGAGUUCCGGUAUGGAUUUUCGGAUGGCGAAUUCGAUGGGAAUUGAGAGGCCGGCUCUUAUGAAGACUAACGGCGGGAGCAACUCGAAUCUUGUUCGUCAUAGUAGCUCGCCUGCUGGUCUUUUUGCCAACAUAAAUGUCGAAAUGGAAAAUGGCUAUGCUGUAAUAAGAGGCUUGGGAGAUUUCGGAACAGGCAACAGAGAAGCAGCAUCUUAUUCUGCAGCGAAUCGGCCACCGCCACCGCCGCCUCCUCUGGGAAGAAUGAAUUCAAUUCCUGAAAUGGGUAGCAAAAACAUAAGAGAAAGUAGUCCUGAGAGUGCCGGUUUUAGUGAAACUCGAAGCAGUAAUUAUGUGACAGGUUUUCCGAUCGGAUCUUGGGACGAUUCGGCUGUGAUGUCUUCAAAGAGACUCACUGAUGAUGAUAGAACACUUUCUGGUCUAAAUGCAUCUGAAACUCAGAAUGGAGAAAUGGGAAAUCGUCCUCCAAUGUUGGCUCAUCACUUGAGUCUACCAAAAACUUCAGCAGAAUUGUCUGCAAUUGAAAAGUACUUGCAAGAUUCUGUGCCUUGCAAGAUUCGAGCUAAACGCGGAUGCGCCACUCAUCCAAGGAGCAUUGCCGAAAGGGUAAGAAGAACUCGAAUUAGCGAACGCAUGAGAAAACUACAAGAUCUUGUACCGAACAUGGACAAGCAAACAAACACAUCAGACAUGUUGGAUUUGGCUGUUGACUACAUUAAAGAUCUUCAAAGACAGAUGAAGAUACUAUCAGAGAAUCGGGCCAAGUGUACAUGCACAAGCAUGAAGCAGCAGCAGUAGCAGGACACAUGGCAAGUACGAAUUGGAUGUUUGUAUAAAAUUAGGUUAGCUAAUUAUUUAAGAAUUUGCAUUAGGUAUAUAUAUAAAUAUGCAUAAAAGCAAUGUUUGGUUAUCUUUUUUGCACUGAAAAAAGAAGAAGAUUACCUAUUUAAAAGCUAACUGUAAGAUGCAAUUCAAUUAUAUGUCAAAACUUAUUGCAAAAAAUGGAAAAUAAAACAAACUGUAUAGAACUAGCUUUAACCAAA